GUAGUCGUAAUAGUAGUAGCAGCAGUACAUUAAUCUUAAUGAGAGAAAAUACAGAUGAAAAUGAGCAUGAUCCAUGACUGUAUAACAGUUUCACAAAAGUUAGCUUCUAAGAAAGUAAUGAGGUGUUGAAUACUGAAUACAUACUAGUAUGCAAUUGGAUACUGUGUAGGAGGGAGGAGCUGAAAAGCACAUCACUACCCAUUUUCCUGUCUUACUUCAGUGAAUGGACUGAUUAAGGAAAGACAGAAAAGAGAAGAGGAUGUAAGAAUAAGUGUAAGAAAGGAUUCAACAAUGGUAUACAUUUUUGAGUCUUGAGAAAAAAGGCAGGGUUUUUUUUUUUUUUUUACAGCUAUAACAUUCAUCAUUAAACUUUGUAAUGUUAGUUUAUGUUUAGAUACAGAAAGAACACUGACUUAAAAACACACCUACAAAACUUCCAGCAGCAGCAGAAUGGCCUUUAACAACACUUUUAUCCGCCUUACUGAUGCUGAAGUCUCCAUCAGAAAUGGCAAAACCACAGUGGACAUUGAUGCUAUUAUGGAAAACAUCACUAUUGUCUUUUACACAAUCACUAUACUUUUGGGCACCACUGGAAAUGCUGUGGUCAUCUGGAUGUCUGGAUUCCGUCUAAAAGCCAAUGUCACCAAUGUGUGGCUGGUCAACUUGGCUGUGGCAGACCUGAUUUUUUGCCUCACUCGUGUUACUUCAUUGAUUAAGAAACUCUUCUAUGAUUACUGGCCCUUUGGCAUCUUCCUCUGCAAGUUCAAUGGAUUCUUCAAGUACACCAACAUGUUCUGCAGUGUAUUCAUCCUGGCUGUCAUUAGUCUGGAUCGGGCACUUUGUGUUUGGCAACCAGUGUUCACCAGGCAGCGGCGAACUCUUGGUGUAGCCAGACUCAUUAGCGUUGGGGUUUGGACUGUGGCAGUGAUCUUCAGUGUACCAUAUUAUGUGUACCGGCAGGUAUAUAUAGGAAAGAACAACUUGACCAAGUGCUCCUUGGAGGUGCCGCAAUCAACUGAAGGUGAUAAUAGAGCUACACUGGCCUUGUACAGCCUUCGCUUCUUAUGUGGAUUUUUGUUACCCUUCCUCAUCAUCCUAACCUGCUAUGUACUAGCUGGUUUAGGGAUACGGCGAACACGUAUCCUGCGCAAAUCACGACCCCUUCGAAUUCUUGUUUGUUUGAUCUGUGCCUUCUUCCUGUGCUGGGGGCCUUACCACUGCCUACUUUUGGCCAAGAUGGUGGACAAGAAGAGCCAGGCAGUAAAAGUGGGCCUGCCCAUUGCUAAGGGCAUUGCCUACUUCAACAGCUGUGUUAACCCACUUUUAUACUUCUGUAUGGGUCUGGACACGAGGCUGCGCUUUAACCAAAGCCUAUCUCGGGUUUACGCUAAAGCUUUAGCCGAAGACUGGGAGGGGCAGACCUCGCAGUCUAAGGAAUGCACAGGUUCAGGAACAGUGGAUGACAGUGGAGUUGUAUAUCAAGAGUCAAAGUGACCGGGAAAUACAUGUCUGAGGAAAUAGCUAAUGUUUGAAAAAAGCUGAAAAAGUUGCAACAUAAUCACAUGAUCUCCACUUAAGACCGUAGUGAGCCACUGUUGAGAUUAGUCUGUCUUCAGUAAUUUAACAGGUUCAUUUAAAAUACAUUUGUAAAGGUUAGGUUGUUAGGAACUAACAUUACUGCAUUAAUUAAUAUUAACAAAUGUUAAACUAAUAAACCGUAAGUACUGUUGACAAAGUACACACAUUUUGUAAACACAUUGGUGUCUUCUAGCAAGAACAUUGAACCCAUUAGGCUGUGAAACAUACAGGUUAUGUUCAGCACACCUGAAAUGGAGAACAAGUGCAACUGUAGACCUCUAACUGUCACACUAUAGCUCUUAGUUAUAUACACGCAACAUCUGUUUUAGGAACACGUGUAUACCUGCACAUUUAUGCAGUUAUCCAAACAGCCAAUCAUGUGGCAGCAGCACAAUGCAUAAAAUCAUGCAGAUACAGGUCAAGAGCUUCAGUUAAUGUUCACAUCAAGCAUCAGAAUUAAGAUAAAAUGUGAUUUCUGUGACUAUAACCGUGGCAUGGUUGUUAGUAACAGAAGGGUUGGUUUGGCCUGGUCUGAGUAAACUGAUGAUCUCCUGAGAAUUUCACACACAACAGUCUCUAGAGUUUUCACAGUAUGGUGCGAAAAGAAAAAAAAACAUUGUGUGAGUGACAGUUCUGUGGGUGGAAACGCCUUGUUGAUGAGAGAGUUCAUAAGAGAACUCUGUAAAUUAUAAAUUAUGGAGGCUAAAAAAAGUUCUAUUGAUUAAUAUUGAGGUUUAGAUAAGCUGUUUUGAAACUGUUCUGAAAUGGUUUAAUUGCUUGUAUAGAUAUGAUCCAAAGAUGUGUUGUUGUUGUUGUUGUUGUAUAGCUAUGACAUUCAUUGAUAAGUUUGUUCAUUAUCUAACAUGAUCCAUGUCUUCACUAGCACAAUAAAGCAGAUACAAAUGAGUUGUUCCUGUGGUUUUAUGUCAUCCUGGACGUUGGGGAGAUUUGGGGAUCACACUUCACAUGGCACUUUAGCCGUUGUAUAAUUAAAGUUAUACACUGUAUAUUAACCCUCUAAUGUACACAUUUGAUACAUUGGUGUUAUUUUAGCGUUUUAUCACUUCAAAUUACAUAAAAACAGCCAUUUCAAUUACUAUUGUUAUUUUCUUUUCUUUUUUUAGAGGGGAAUUUGGAGUAUAUUGCCAAAUGGCAAUACUGUACAAUGGCAGCAGAGGUACACAUUGCAUUCGGUUUAUUUAACUCCUUGCAACCAGGGUUUUUGUUUGUUUGUUUGUUUGCACUGAUAUGUGCCUACUUUCUUUUAGAAUCAAUCCUUCCCUUUUAAUGAGAUAUGAAGUGCUGUGAAAAAGUAUUCUGAUUUCUUCUGUUUUUGUGUAUAUCUCAUGUUAAAUAGUUUUAGAUCUUCAAACAACAUAAAACUUUUUACUGAAGCCAAUUCUUUGCAGAACUGCUAUAGUUCCACCACACUGGGAGGUUUUCAAGCAUGAACGGUCACAGCAUCUCAAUUGGUUCAAGUCAGGAAUUUGACUAGGCCACUCCAAAACUUAAAUUUAGCUUUUAUUGAGCCAUUCAGAGGUGGACUUACUCUUAUGCUUUGGAUCAUUGUCUUGCUGCAUAAUCCAGUUGCGUUUGAGUUUCAACUUACAGACUGAA